AUGCCACAAGUACUUAUAAGUGAUGGGGGCUCUCACUUUUGUAAUCGGACCAUAGAGGCACUACUUAAGAAGUAUAAUGUCACGCAUAAGGUUUCAACACCUUAUCAUCCCCAACCAAGUGGACAAGCUGAAAUUUCCAACCGGGAAAUCAAGCAGAUCUUGGAAAAGACAGUUGGACCAACUGGAAAGGAUUGGAGCUUGCGGUUGAAUGAUGCAUUGUGGGCAUAUCGUACUGCCUACAAAACACCAAUUAGAAUGUCUCCUUUUCGGCUCAUUUAUGGGAAACCAUGCCAUCUUCCAGUUGAGUUGGAGCAUCGUGCACAUUGGGCAGUCAAGACUUUCAACAUGAACAUUGAUGCCGCUGGACUUCAUAGGAAAUUGCAAUUGAAUGAGCUUGAGGAAAUUUGGACUGAAGCUUAUGAGAAUGCUCAUAUUUACAAGGAGAAAACAAAGGCUGCCCAUGACAAGAUGAUUUGUAGUAAAAUGUUUUCUGUGGCGCAGAAAGUGUUACUUUUCAACUCUCGCCUUCGUUUGUUUCCGG